AGAGAUGCAGAGGACAAAGGUGACCCCGAACACUGUGUGACGCAGCAUGCAGGACCACUGAGAGGGCUGGCCGAUGAAAGUGAGAGAGCAAAGGAAACACAGGGUGAGCGAGAAGAGCAGCAGGAAGCUCAGCUCUGAGUUGUUGGCCCUCACAAUAGGAGUUCUGUCCAAGCUGUACUGACAAAGCCUGGAGACUUCAUAAUCGGAGGUGUAUUCAUAAUACACACCUCCCUGAAAACGACAGAGCUCAUGUUCACACAUGCUCCAGAGCCACUGCAGUGCAGCGGCAGUUUUGAUUUCAGAGAGCUGCACUUUGCCCGAGCCAUGACCUUUGCCACUGAGGAAAUCAACAACAGCACAGAACUGCUGCCUGGGAUCAGGCUUGGAUACCAGAUCUACGACUCCUGUGCCUCCGUGUCACUGGCCACAAAAGCCGCUUUCCAGCUGAUCAAUGGCCUGGAGUCAACCUUCUCUCUCAGUGCACCAUGCUACAAGUCCGCCACGGUUUCUGCCAUUGUGGCUGAGUCUGGUUCCACAACUUCCAUUGCUAUGGCCCGAGUCCUCAGCCCCUUUGGCAUCGCUCAGGUGAGCCACUUUGCCACCUGUGCCUGCCUGAGCAACAAGCAGCAGUACCCUACCUUUUCCAGGACUAUUCCCAGUGACCAAUUUCAGGCAGCAGCUCUUGUCCAGCUGGUCAAGCACUUUGGCUGGACAUGGAUUGGAGUAGUGCACAGUGACUCAGACUACGGGAACAGUGGCAUGGCAGCCUUUCAAGCAGCAGCUAAGACAGAGGGAAUCUGUAUUGAAUACUCAGAAGCUUUCUACAGGACCAACCCCCUCUCACGCAUUCAACGGGUGGCCGAGGUUAUCCAGAGAUCUACUGCUCGGGUGGUCGUGGCAUUCGUUUCCACUGGUGACAUGAUUGUGCUGUUGAAAGAGCUGUUGGAACUCAACCUUCCUCCACUGCAGUGGGUUGGAAGUGAGUCAUGGAUCACCAACUCCGACAUGACCCGAUUUAACAUUUUUCUCGGUGCUGUGGGGUUUGGCAUUCGCAGAGCUGUGAUACCAGGCCUACGGACUUUCCUGCUAGACCUGAGCCCAGCACAAGCAUCUGCUUCACCUAUCUUACGAGAAUUCUGGGAACGCGCAUUCAGGUGUCGUUUGGCAAGUGGUCCAGUAGGACCUGGGGAGCGAGUCUGUAAUGGAAGUGAAAGUCUGCAGCAGCUGCAGAAUGCCUACACGGACACAUCCCAGCUGCGCAUCACCAACAUGGUGUAUAAGGCAGUGUACGCAGUGGCACAUGGCCUGCACAGCCUUGUGUGCACACAGAAGAACGGCUCCACCCUGCAAUGUGACCGUGGAAUGAAGCUGAACCCUUUGCAGGUCCUGAAGCAUAUCCGUAAGGUGAACUUUACUCUUAAUGGGAACCGCGUCUCCUUUGAUGCCAACGGAGACCCUGUCGCUACCUACGAGCUGGUGAACUGGCAGCUGUCAGAGAACGGGCAGGUGGAGUUUGUGAAUGUGGGCUACUAUGACGCAUCUGCACCGGAAGGGGAGCUCCUCACAAUGACCAGGAACAUCACAUGGACAGGCGGCCUGUCAGAGGUACCCAAGUCAGUGUGCAGUGAGAGCUGUCCCCCAGGAACUCGCAAGGCUGUACAGAGAGGAAAGCCUGUCUGCUGUUACGACUGUGUGCCCUGUGCUGAGGAUGAGAUCAGCAACAAGACAGACUCCCUGGACUGUGUCCGCUGUCCUUCCGAUGCCUGGCCCAACCCCCAGGGAGACGCCUGCAUCCCAAAGCCCAUCGAGUUCCUCUCAUUCAGCGAGUAUCUGGGAAUCAUUCUGGCUGCAAGCUCAGUGGUUGGAGCAUGUCUUGCCAUUGCCAUCGCAGCUGUGUUUUACCUGCAUAAGGACACUCCUAUUGUGAGGGCCAACAACUCAGAGCUGAGCUUCCUGCUGCUCUUCUCGCUCACCCUCUGUUUCCUUUGCUCUCUCACUUUCAUCGGCCGGCCCUCUCAGUGGUCCUGCAUGCUGCGUCACACAGUGUUCGGGGUCACCUUUGUCCUCUGCAUCUCUUGUGUUCUGGGCAAAACGAUAGUGGUGUUGAUGGCCUUCAGGGCUACACUUCCAGGCAGCAAUGUCAUGAAAUGGUUUGGACCUCCACAACAGAGACUCAGUGUUCUUGCAUUCACUUUCGUACAGGUCCUCAUUUGUGUGCUCUGGUUAACAUUAUCCCCUCCUUUCCCCAACAAGAACAUGAAGUACUACAAAGACAAGAUCAUUCUCGAGUGUGACGUGGGCUCAGCCGUGGGCUUCUGGGCUGUGUUGGGCUACAUUGGUCUCCUCUCUCUCAUGUGCUUUGUACUGGCUUUCCUGGCCAGGAAGCUGCCCGACAACUUCAACGAAGCCAAAUUCAUCACAUUCAGCAUGCUCAUAUUCUGUGCGGUGUGGAUCACCUUUAUCCCGGCCUAUGUCAGCUCACCGGGCAAGUUCACUGUAGCUGUUGAGAUCUUUGCUAUAAUAUCCUCCAGUUUAAGUUUGGUCAUGUGUAUAUUUGUUCCUAAAUGUUUUAUUUUACUGUUUAAACCAGAGAAGAACACCAGAAAGCACAUGAUGGGUAAAGUUCCCUCUAAAGCUCUUUGA